UCUUCUCUUAGGUCAAAAAAAAAAAAAAAUCCUUCUUCUCUGUAUAUAAUACCCACAUUUCAUACGUACGGAGUUUACACCAUAUACCUCGCUGCAGAACAUACCCUUUCCCCUCUUCCCUCUCAACAUUAAUGGCGGCGCUGAGAAGACUUGUUGUUCAUAAUCCUAAUUUAUCAUACGCUUCCCUUCUUCCUCCAGCUCUUCUAAUUUGUUGCAGAGGAAUAGCUUCCAAGCUUUUCGUCGGAGGAUUGUCGUUCUACACCACAGAGAAAGGAUUAUCAGAAGCAUUUUCUCAACAUGGUCAAGUUAUUGAAGCUAAAAUUGUGACGGACAGAGUCUCAGACAGAUCAAAAGGAUUUGGAUUUGUGACCUUUGCAUCAGAAGACGAAGCCGAUAAUGCCAUUAAAGAGAUGAAUGGAAAGACAUUGAAUGGACGUGUCGUCUUUGUGGACUAUGCAAAGCCCAAAUCCGAUUUUGGGGGUGGAAUGCCAAUAGCCAGAGGGCCUCCAGAACCGAUUGUGGCUGACAAUUGAUUACUUACAUGAAGAUGUUAUUUGUGCAAGGACCACUAUCAGGAAUAAUUGGUUACCUCAUACCUAUAAAUCAUACGCAUCUCCGAACAAUCUUUGAAUACAGUUUUUUUCUCCUUUCGUUUUAUAGAAAUGUGUGUUAGUGCUGGGAACACAAGAUAAUUUAGAGUGAUGCUCAACUGCUGUUACUUUCAAUGGUUAGCCUGUUAAAGAAGAAAUGACAUUGGAUGGUCUUCUUUCA